AGUAGCGGGGAAUCAAUGAACUCCUGGGACGCGCCUGGGACUCGUAAACAAUCUCGGCAACUCCUCCCCGGCUCUCCCACGCCUCUUCCCUCCCCUCUCGUCUGGCCUGAGGGCCGAGCAAGGUUAGCAGGGCCAGGCUGCUUUUGUGUUUGUGUGCUGGUGUGGCGGGGGGCGGGCCCCGGAGAGGCGGAGACGCUUCGGAGCUGCAGCUCGGGAUCGUUGGCGUCUCCUGGACCUACGGACCCCGCUUUCCUCGGACAGGCUGCCCCGCCCGACCUCUCGCUCACUAGCCGCUGCUGCCCGGGCCUGGUCAUGGGCUUGCCGCCCCCCACACAGCAUUAUUUCCGAUCGGACAGCAGCGACUCUUCGGCGUGCAUGAUGGGGGCCUCCAAGGAUCCCGAGGUCCCGAGGAGGAAGCAGGGGAGGUCGGGGUCUUGCAGCCCCGUGUGGCUCGCCACGACGGCCAUGGCCAUCCUAGCGCUGCAGGUCGCCUCCACCACCGGCCUCUUUGUCUAUUUCACCAUGUCCAUUUCCAAGUUAAAGGCCCAGGCCCAGGGGAUUCCAGAGGAGUUGAAGUGCCUCCAGCUGAUCACCAGCCUUCAGGAGAACCCGAACUUGGAGGAGCUGCUGCACAACCAGACGUGCCUCAAGCUCAUGGGCAGCGUCAAAUCCUACGUGACAUCGGUGACUGAAAACAUUCUCCACCGGAGUUUACAGAAAGGUUUGACAAGCACCUCUACCGGCACGGAAGGGCAGCCUCCGAUGCCACACCCAUUCGCCAUCGGAGCUCAGCCCUCAGCCCACGUCACCCUCAUCCCCUACACUGUUGUCAGUUCGGGCAACCUUGACCACCUUGGGGCGCUGCCCCAGUCCUGCCGCUACCCUCUGCACAAUUGGGAGUCUCGAGGCCUGCUCUCCCACCUUCGGAAUAUCACCUUCAAGGCAGGUGCACUGAGAGUCAGCCAGGGGGGCAAGUACUACGUGUACUCUCAGAUCUACUUCCGCUACCCAGCAGAGGCUGAAGGAAGCCAGCCCACAAGCCAGCAGCUGGUACAGUGCAUUAGCAGGCAGACAGCCUACCGCCAGCCCAUCCUGCUCCUCAAAGGUGUAGCCACUAAGUGCUGGUCUCCAGAGGCUGAGUAUGGCCUCCAUGCCAUCUACCAGGGGGGCCUCUUUGAGUUGAAAGCAGGGGAUGAGCUCCUGGUAUCUGUCUCUUCCCUGGCUGUGGAUGAUACUGAUGGCACCUCCAGUUACUUCGGGGCCUUCCGGUUGGCUAUGUAAGAAGCUGCUGGCCCCAGUUUAAGGAGUGUUAGGGGCCAACUUUUCCUCUGAAAUUGACUUGUCUGAUUGGACUGCCUAAUGUGUUUGCUCUAGUUGACCUUCCUGGGACCACAGGACCAACUCCAGCCCUGGGAGGCAGUGGCCUUAUUCACCCACUGCCCCAAGGAGGCUUGGAAAGAUCCCAAAGGACAGAGAACUGGAUUUUCCUUUUCUGCCUAGGUGGUAGUUGGGCUUGGGGGGGUGUCAUUCUAAGUACCAUGUCCUUCUCAUUGUUCUCUAGCUCUAGGGAGGAGGCAGACUGAUGGGGAGGAGGGGCAGGAGUACAGGACCUCUGUGAUCUGAAGGGAAGGUUGAACAAAGGACUCUGGGUACCAGGGGAUGGAGGUGGGGGGGCAAAGCCCUAUGAGUCUGUCUAGUUGACCUAGCUAUGGAUACCAGGCCAGAAAAUUCACUUCCUUCUGCAGGACAAAGGCCAGCAGGCUUCAUAGAACUGAGAGUAUGGAGCAGGAGGAGCCCGGGUACAGAAAAGCCAGCUCCCUGCCCUGCUCCCUCCCCACUCCCCAUUCCAGGAUUUGCCCUUAGAUGUCUCUUUACUACUUUCAAACAUCCUCAAGAAAGCAAGUGCUCUAGAAAGAGUCUCCAAAGCAUUUUAGCCCUGGCUCCGGGAAGGCCAGCUCACCUGGAGGGGGCCUUGGAGCCAGACAACAUCCCUCUCUUCCUGGCCUAGCCCAAGUGAAAGAAAGCUUACUGCUUCUCCUGGGGGAGGUGACCCCUGGGAACAGAGACCCCCACCCCCACCCCUGAAACCAGAGGAUGGAAGAAUAGAGGGUUCUAGGUCUCAGUCUGUGGCCCUGAAGCCACCCAAGGGGGCCCUACCAGGAUCACUCCUGACCUUGGGACCCUCUGCUAUCUGAGCCAGAGGCCAGAGGAAGUCACAGUGGAGGGGUUGGGUGAGGGUGGGGGUGGGAUUCAGGGAUCAACACAGCUUAUCACUGCCAGAGGAAGCCAGGCAGUUGGGUCUGGCUCCAGAACCCCCCCCCCCACUCUUCAGUGACUCUGUGCCUGUCUUUGCCUUUUCCUUCCAGGAACAAUACUUCCUCUCCACUCCCAGUCCCCACUUCCCCCUCCAUCCCAGGUCCCUACAAAGCUGUUGGGAACAAGUUGUUGACCUGAUAGGGAGCCACCCUUAUAUGUAUGGGGAGAGAGGACUGGCAUAUUAGCUAUGGAGUCACGGGGCUGUGACUGUUUACAGGACUAACUGCCGAAGGGUAUGUGGAGGGUGGAGGGAGGGUCAAGGGCAUAAGGGAUGGGCAAGGACAGGGUCCCCUCUGCAUGCUGGCCAUCAUUUCUAUUGGAUUUGUCUGUUAAUAAAUCUAGACUGCAUAUUAUUCUCAA